CACACACACACACACACAAACACAAACACCCACACAUCCAAACACGAAAACAGAGAGGCACAAAAUUCGGUGAAACAUAAGUAAAGUUUACAAAAAAAAUAUAUCAGAUUGUCCUUAACUCGCAAUUGCAACAAGGAAAGGGAGGACGCCCAAGUAAUAUCGCACUUGGGCUAAUUCACAUUAAAAUGACUAGCUGCGUGCCAGCGCAGCAGCAGCAAAAGGAUCAGGAGCAGCUGUUAGAUGAUCUGGUGAAUGCCAGCGAUGAUGACGACAAUGACAACACCAUGGAAAAUAUCGAGGACAAUGGCAAGGACAAGGAGGAGCAGCUGCAGCAACUAGCAGAGCCAACAUUCAGUUUUUCGAAUAGCAAUCAAUGCUGGGUAUGUAAUGGCUAUUAUGGACCCAACUUCGGCGAGCCCUUGUGUGGAGCUUGUCACGCCUUCUUAUACAACGCACAAAGAGCAGAGGAACUGCUUACAGAAUUAUCCGAUGAUGAGGAUUCUGGGAAUGAUGAGCCGCCAUUUAAGGAUAAACAGGAGGAUGAUGAAACCGAAAACGAUGCUGAUAUAAUGGGGUUUGAGGAAGAUUUAGAAGAUGCGAUACCGCCUGAGGUGAUCGAGGAACUUGAGCCGGAGCCGGUGCCGCCACAACAACUGGAACAAAAUCAGCAGCCGCCAUCGCCGCCGCAAGCAAUUCCCGUAGAUGCGGAGGAAGUGGAUGCGCCCGCAGAAAAUCCCUUUCUACUGCCCAUCAAACGACCACGUCCUAUGGCCCCAUUGGCCCUGCCUCAUUUUAUGAACGAACUGGCCGACGGACGCCAUCGCGCUCAUGAGUAUCCAAACGGCGGUGGUGGUGUUGGUGGUGGAGCAAGCACAUCUAAAAGCAUCACCGGUCUUAUACCUGUUGAGGUAAUGCUAAAAAUUUUCGCCUAUCUGGAUGACAUGUCCCUGUGGGUGGCCAGCGAAGUAUGCAAGCAUUGGCACGAUAUUAUUGGCAAGAACACAUCUCAAACCAUGUGGAAAACAUAUAUAAAACAGCGCUGGCCGCUGUUUGAGUGCCUCACAGACAAUCCGGAUUGGUGUAAGCUGUACGGCUCGCUAAUGUCAUCUUGCUUCUGCCGCACCUGCCUGAUCGAGAUGGGUGGUCGGGGACAGCCGGGUGGUGCUGGUGUUGAUCUGCCGGAGGGUAUUCUAAUGAUGCGCAACAGUUUCCUAAAAGGCGAGGCUAAUCUCUUGAAUAGCUACGAAUCCGAAGGGAUAUCAGCAAUACCCUUGGAUCGUCAGAACAAUUAUUGGCAGGCCACUAUUCUGGGACCACCCGGUAGUCCCUAUGAAGGUGGUAAAUUUUUUUUAUUUAUCUUCUUUCCCGAACGGUAUCCAAUGCAACCGCCCACAGUACGAUUUUUAACGAAAAUCCUGCAUCCAAAUGUAUCACGUCAUGGUGAUGUAGGCAUUGAUAUAUUCCAACAGCAAAAUUGGUCAUUGGCCUUGAAUGUGGCCAAGGUUUUGUUAUCCGUUCAGAGUCUAUUGACGGAUCCCUAUACAGACGUAUGCAUGGAGCCGGAAUUGGGUUAUAUCUAUGAGCAUGAAAGGGAAAAAUUCGAACAACUUGUACGUUGUUGGACUUGGAAGUAUGCCAUGUUUGAGCUAACUGCUCCGCAGUAAUAAUUGGAACUGGGACUAGGGACCGACUGAUAGUGAUGCGAACAGGACUGGACUAUCCUUUUAAGUUGUUGUACACACACUUGUAUAUUGAAUGUAUUUUGUAAUCUUAAGUUGUGCCAUUUGGCUCUAUCUCUAUCCAGAUUCUCCCUAAUCUCCCAUUACUUAUAAUAAUCCCUAUAUAGUCGAAAUUACUUAACACUAAAACACAAUAAACAUCCAAACAAUACAAUACAAAAACAGA